ACGUCGUGAGGGACGGGUGUGCUUCUCGCCGCUCCGAGUUCCACCAUCCCUCGCUGUCGAUAUUUUCUCGCUUAUACGCAAAACCACGACAACAAAAUAUCACAUUAACCACCGCUAAGAUUUAAUUUAAUAAUACACCAUAAUGUAAGAUCCUGAUAUUUGCGGGGAAAUUAUUUUGAACAGCCAUGUCUGAAUUUGAUAUGCAAACUGCGCGGAGUGCGAAUUUUGUUUACUCUCGAUUUUCCACCAUAAAGUAGAGUGUACUAUCUACCCGAGUGUGCUGUGGGUGUACGUCUACGUGAGUGCACUAAUUAUGUACAUCUACGAAGCUAUAUUUUUUGUGAAUAAAUAUACAGGGUAAUAUUAUCACUGGAACCUCAGAACUUUAAAACUUUAUGAAACCGAGGAGAAUAUCACAGAAAUACUGAAGAUAUUAGUAAAUCAGAAAAACAUUGAAAAAGAAAACGAAAAACGAAAGGAACGUAACUUACUGAGAACAAAACAGAAGUGCCAACUCAAAAGUGACAGUGAUAAUAACGUAAAGGAAACACGUGGUAACAAGAAGCUAAGCCACUACCAGAACGAUCCAACUUCAACAUCAUCUACCUGGAGCUUCACUUCCUAUCACCUCUCACCACCCUGCAAUAACCCGAGCAGGAAUAUAUCUUUUAGUCCCACCUUUUAUCCCACUACUAAGAAUAUACCUCCCUGUCUCUCACUCCCGUUCCCUCAUCAAGAUAUUAAUAAUAGAAUAUUCUGUUAUAAUUUAUCUUUCUUCCCUCCCUACAUACACAGCUGGAGGGUAGAUAGGUGGGGAGAUACAUAGAUCAUCCCUUCAGGUGUUGGUAGACGCUAGAUAAACUUUCUAUAUACAGUAUAUUCGACACCCUUCUCUCCUUCUCUCCCUAUCUCCAGCUGUUGUUGUUGUUUUCUUUUCUCCCACCGAGGCAACACUGUGCACUCUUUACUACAGGGUCUACAUCUUCUACCACAGUAACACCAGCAACACUCCUACUCAUUCUACCUCACCACGGCAACACUCAUUUUCCCCCUCCCCUCCUCAACACCCACACCAAUAUACCCUUAUUUUUGUUCCUCCCUGUUCAUCAUCUCCCUCCAUCUAUCUUCUUCCAUCUAUCUUCCUCCAUCAAACCUCAAUCCUCCUCCAUAGUAACCUCUCCAAUACCUUCCCUGGCAAUAUAUCCCCUUGAAAAAAUCACUCACCUCCCCUCCUAGCCAGCGACACCUCUCCCCAACACCCACUCUUUUUCUUCCCAUUCAACGCCCCACUCCCCUCCCUCCCCCCGUCCAUCACCUCCUCUCUCCCCAUGUACAAAAAAAUGUCCCCUCCCCCAUUAGCCGUAUAGGAGGUGCCCACCCACCCCCCACAACACCCCCCCUCAAGGCCAGUGGUCAGACAUGAGAGCUCUGAUCAAACACAACCCCAAGAUGGAUCACUUGAAGGGUGAUGCAGACCAGCUGGCGACGGAGGCACAGCUGGCGGCUCUACAAGAACAGCUGGUGGCCGUCAUGCUCGAGAACCAACACCUGGCAGAGGAGGUGAAAGUGCUGAGGGAAUCAAGUGCCACGGAGCAACUUCGCCAACAGCUCGACAGGGAGAAGGAGAAGAGUCGAAUCCUGAUGGAGAGGUUACAAGAGAAGGAAGCCAAGGAGAGGGAGAGGGGAGACAGGGAGGCGAGAGAGAGGGAGAGACAUACGAGGGAGAAGAGUCUACCUGCUGGAGACAAGUCGCCCAGCUUGCCUCAGCGAAUCAGGAAACGCAUUAACCAAAUCCACAAACCUCAGUCCUUCGAGGUUGAAGAUGGAUCCCCUGGACCUCCUCAACCCCCAAUCAGCGAGAAGACACGCCUCCUGGGGGAAGAACGGACCAAUCCCAGACCAGGACCUGAACCCCCAGCCUGUCAGAUUGUAAAGUACGGAGGAGAAGCAGCCAAUCACAAGUCGAGUUCCACGUUUGAUGUUGUUGAGAGUCCAUCACGAGGGAGAUUCGCCUGGAAGAGACGUGGACUGGAGAAGAGCAAGUCGCUGGAUCAGUCAGAAUUCUUGGCUUCCCUCAACGGCGCCGCCUCCACCACCAGUAUUACCGUAGGAGGCGCUGUAGCAGGAGGAGGAGAGGGAGGAGGAAUUGGAGGAGGGGGAGGUGGUGGUGGAGGUGGAGGAACUUCUUCAUGGAUGGAUGACGACCAACGCAGGGAUAGCGACUCCGACGACGGGGAGAGAUGUGCUCUCGGUGACACGGGAGUCCUAGGGAGUGAAACAGAGUCAGGAACGAACCCAGCAGGAGCAUUCCCAGGGUCCUUACUGGGAACAACGGUGGUGAGCCCUAAGUACCCCUGGUGGCGGCGGUUGGAAGUGCAGGUAGUGGCAGCCAUCGGGGAGUUGGUGAAGGACUUCUCAGAGGUGGCUGAGGAGGAGCUACCUGACGGGGAUCCUGAAGGAGACCCACUCACCGUCAAGAAGCUGAAGGAGAACAUAUUAAGAUUCGGGUGUGUGAUGCGGCCCCUGACGGAGCUCUCAGCGGCCGUCACGUCCCUCCUGAGGUGGGAAUCGCCCUCAGCUACCCUCCUAGCCCUCGUCAUCUACCUCUACAGCGUCAUCUUCGGUUGGGUCCUCCCCUUAGUCUUGCUUAUGGCCAUCGUCAAACUCUCCAUCAACUACUUGAAAAAGAGAGGUUGGACGCAGAAUGUAUUUCGUCGCCUACGUCGGGAGGGUCACGAGCCACUCGACACUACCACCAGUGAGGCAGGUCUGGGGGACAAGUUCGCCCUGGUGUUACAAGUGGCGCGUCGAGUCCAGAACCAACUAGGAGCUGUGUCUAACGCGGCCGAGAAGCUGAAGAACCUCCUGAUGUGGGAACACGAAGCCGCCCGACGUCUCUACUUCUUCCUGUGGGUGGUGCUGCUGGCGUCGGUGCUCUUACCCGCCGCACAGCUCUUCACCCUCAUCGGGGUCUACCUCGGCCUCAAGUUCUUCGUCAUGGACUACGUCUUCUUCCGUUACCCGAGAAUUAGGCUCAAGUACGACUCCACCUCGAGGUUAUGGGACACCCUGCCUACCGACGCCGACCUUGAGCGACGGGGUGACAAAAAUCGGGGUGAGAAUGGCAACUCAUCGCCAGAUUUGACGUCGUUCUUGGAGCUGUUUAGUCUACCUGCCACAGAGGCGCCGCUACCAGGAUGGCAAAGUGGUCGACGGUGCACUCUGGUCAACCGGGACAGAUCUCUCACUUCAGCCUUUAAAAACGGUCGUCUCUACCUCACCAACAGGUUAGCAAAGCAGGACAAACAAAUGGCGUCUUCUACCAAACUAACAGCGCCCACUAACAAAGUUACAUCAUCUAACAAACUAACAGUCUCUAACAGCUCCAAGGGAAACCAGAGUGCAAAAUUAUCAGCGUCUUUUACUUCCAAACAAAACAUAGACGGGGUAAGGAAGGGAUCCCUCACAGGGUUCUCCAAGACCCAAAGUGACUCCGCUUCCUUGACCUCUGGCUUCAGUUUCCUCAGUAAGGGAAACAAGACACUGAAGGCCAGGGAACUGAAGGAGUACAAAGAAGACGACGUCGAAAUGCUUGAAAAAAUCUUCGAGGACACAGGUGACGAGGACUCCAUCACCACUUCCAGGAUCUUCCAGACAUGUGACUCGGCAAGAAGUAGCCCACAGUCUUCCCGCUCCCGAGACUCGUCAUUUCAGGUGUGGCGAUCACUGAGUGACACCGACGCUGCCGCUAGAGAUUCUCGACCACCAUCGUCUUUCGGCAAGAGGAAAGGAUUACUGCUGCGCUCUGUCAGUGAACAGAGUGAACUACAUCCAGAUUUCAUAGAUGAUGACGACACAAAUGAAGAUAACUUAUCUUCUUAUGACGUCAAGAUAACUAGAGAUAACAAGGACCAAACAGAACAGGACGGCGAGAAGGUAAAGCCCAAGAAGUCGCGACUGGCAAGGCUCAAGACGACGAACACAGACGAACACAAAACCAAGACGUCUGUUAUCGACAAGCUCAACGAAAAAGUUUUUUACGCCGUCUGACGAACAAGAAACAGUGUGUGAGGAGCUCAAGGAGGUGUUUUAUACCAUGUAGGAGAAAUAAUGUGUUCAGGAAUUGUGAUAUACCUGAGUAGAUGGUCCUGUGAUUAAUGGCGUGAUUAGUAGAUGAUUGGAGGGACGUGAUAGACCUGUGAUCAUAACAAUGGUGUGUGUGAGACAUUAACCAAGAAACACAAGAGGUCUUAAAACAUUCUCUUGUGUGUUGGUGAUUUUGUGUUGUGCAGUAUGUUAGGUGAAGAAGACAGAGCAUCACGUCGUACUGAUCUUAAAGGCUUGUGAUAAUGAUAGUGAUUCAGUUUUCUUACAGGAGGAUUUCAUGAGUGCUAAAGUCAAGAGCUAAGAGAGGCUGUUUACUGAGUCUCUCCCGGUGAAGCAAUAUAUCAUUAUGUGCUCAUGAAAUAAUUGACUUACCAAUGUAUCACUGAUAUUUAUGUUGACGUCAAUAAAUCUAGAGAAACAUGUAUGUCCAUAGUAUAUAGAUUCUUAUAACUAUUUUUGUACUCUAAUCCCAACACAAAACUGUAAUAUACCCUGUAUAUAUAAUAAUAAUAAGCGCCAUCUUCAUGAGAAAA